CGCAUAAAUCUUCGCUUCGUCUAUCAUCUGUUCUCAAGUUUAGAGUCUAUAGACAGGAAAAUUGGAGCUUUAGGGUUUGAUUGAAAAAGCGAUCUUGCAAUGGCGAAUAAUGCGGCUGCUUGUGCUGAGAGGGCUACGAAUGAUAUGCUGAUUGGUCCAGAUUGGGCUAUCAACAUUGAACUGUGUGACAUUAUCAACAUGGAACCAAGUCAAGCAAAAGAAGCAGUGAAGGUGCUCAAGAAACGGUUAGGAAGUAAAAAUUCUAAAGUCCAGAUUCUUGCUCUUUAUGCUUUGGAAACUCUGAGCAAGAAUUGUGGCGAGAGUGUGUACCAGCUCAUUGUUGACCGUGAUAUUUUACCUGAUAUGGUUAAAAUAGUGAAGAAAAAGCCUGACCUGACUGUGAGGGAGAAGAUACUUAGUUUAUUAGAUACAUGGCAAGAAGCUUUUGGUGGAAGCAGCGGAAGAUUCCCUCAGUAUUACAAUGCUUAUAAUGAACUCAGGUCUGCUGGAAUUGAAUUCCCACCUCGAACCGAGAGCAGUGUACCGUUCUUUACUCCGCCUCAGACUCAGCCUAUCGUUGCUCAGGCCGUUGCAUCAGAUGAAGAUGCUGCUAUUCAGGCCUCUUUGCAAAGUGAUGAUGCUUCUGCACUCAGCAUGGAAGAGAUUCAAAGCGCUCAGGGAUCAGUUGAUGUUUUGACAGACAUGCUUGGGGCUCUUGAUCCAAGUCAUCCAGAGGGUUUAAAGGAAGAACUUAUAGUUGACUUGGUCGAGCAAUGUCGUACUUAUCAAAGACGUGUAAUGACUCUGGUGAAUACUACUUCAGAUGAGGAACUUAUGUGUCAAGGGUUGGCACUGAAUGACAAUCUGCAGCGCGUUCUUCAGCACCAUGAUGAUAAGGCAAAGGGAUCCUCUGUUCCUGCAACAGCUCCCACUCCAAUACCGCUUGUUAGCAUCAAUCAUACUGAUGAUGAUGAUGAGUCAGAUGAUGAUUUUUCUCAGCUAGCUCAUAGGUCGAAAAGAGAAAGUGCACGAGGGACUGGACAAGGGAAUUUCAACCCUAUUCUUCCUCCUCCACCAUCUACAAUGAGGCCAGUACAUGUUGAUUCUGGUGCUAUGGACUUCCUCAGUGGUGAUGUCUACAAACCUCAAGAAACCUUCGAGAGUGUAAAGCCUCCGAGUACAUCCCAAUCAUCAAACCAUGACUAUUCCGCUCCUAUUUUCGAUGAACCAGUUCCCCAGAGCAAAUCCCCUGAGCAAGCUUUAUUCACCAAACCAGUUUAUGACCAAACUGAACAAUUGCCUCCUGCUCCAUGGGAUACUCAGGAACCCAGGAAGUAUCCACCCUCAAUGUCUGCUAGAACCAACAAGAGACCAGAAUACUUCCAGCAAAGUGUUCCCCAACACUCAAGCAGUGGCUCUGAAUCAUCAUACGAUGAUCUUGUGGGACAAUCCCGGAAUCUCUCUCUGAAUCCAACAGCCUCUGCUGCUGCUGUCACACCACCAAAGAAAGAUGAUAAACCAGAGGAUAUCCUUUUCAAAGACCUGAUGGAGUUUGCAAAAACCAGGACAUCAUCAUCUUCUUCCUCCAAACCCAACAAUCAGAACAACAAACCGUUUUGAGACAGAGCUGCCAGUUGUUGCUUCCGUACUAUUCUUUUUUCCUUCACGUGUGUACUUGUUUCCUUUGAUUGAACAUGGAUGAUAAAUACCGUGUUUCUUUUUUAUCAAAUAAAAUAGUGAAUAUUUA